AUGAUGAUCGCCUCGUCGUCGUUGGGUGCGCGAACAAAACCUCCUCUUUCGUUCUCAAAAUCGUUUCAGAAGAGGAAGACGAAUUGGAAAUCGAGCAGCCGCCGACGCAGCGCUUCUUCGUCUUCUUCGUCUUCCUCGACGACGAGCGAGGAGACGAACGCCGUCCUCCUAAACGCACAAGUUCAAGAAAAUAACGCGAAGAAAAAGAAAUCGCCGUUGUUAUUCGAGGUAUUCGGUUCGGAUUUGUCCUCCUCGGCGCAGUACCCGGACGUGCCGCGAGAGCGAACGCACUGGGUGGAAACGGACGAACAGUUGAACGUUUUGGUGGAGGAGAUUCGAGCGGCGAUGAAAAAGGAGGAGGAAAAGAAGGACGACGACGACGACGGCACCGAGUAUGAAAAGAAUUCAUAUCGCCGCCAGCGGCUUCCCGUCGUGCUCGGACUCGAUUGCGAGUGGAAACCAGGGGAUAACACGCCGGUGAGUUUGUUCCAAGUGGCCACGAGAGAGAACGUGUAUUUGUUGGACGUGUUUGCGUUCAUGAUGGAUACCGGCGGCGGAGGCGAAGAAAAAGGAACGGCGGAAGCGUUCGAUGCGUUUUUGAAGCUGUUGUUUGAAAACGAAACGUUAAUAAAGCUCGGUUUUGGAUUUGAUUACGAUAUUAAGCGGUUGAGGAUGUCGUACGCGCCGUUAGAGGAGACGUUAUCGAUGGAUAGGAGGAAGAAAGGGUGGAUCGACGUUCGCGAGUUGGCGUACACGGCGGACGCGGUAAGUUCGCACAAUAAGAGAAAGUAUAAGCACCAAAAACGAGUCGGUUUGGCUGCGCUGACGAGGGACAUAUUGAAGUGUAACUUGGAUAAAAAGUGCCAAGUGAGCGAUUGGUCGCAGAGACCGUUGUCGGAUCCGCAGCAAAGGUACGCGGCGACGGACGCGUAUUCGUUGAUUUCGAUUUUAGACGUCGUCUUGUUUUCGAGAGGUCGGUGGAAUAACGACGAGGAGAUUUCCGACGGGUUACAGCUCGUGCAAUACGGCGGCGGUGGAAACGGAGAAGCUGGAGGAAUAGACGGUCGAUUCGUCAAGCGCGUGUCGAAAUCGAAAAUGGCAAAAAUGGAAAAGGCGGCGUUUUUGAAACGACAAAAUAGCUCCUCGCUGAGAAACGCUCGAGAGACGGCGUUGCACGAAGCGAAGGCGGAUUUGACGCGGUGCGUCACGGAUUAUUUAGGAUUCGCGUGCGUAGGACGCAAAGGUGCGAUCGAAUUGCUCUCAGAGAACGGGUGUUCCGUGCGAAUGCCAAAGAAAACAAAGAGUAAAGUGGACAACUGGGAAAACGCCGUCGCGCUCUUUUUAACCGUGGACGAGCCGAAGAAGACGCAGCCGGCGCAGUUUCGGCGAAGAGAGGAUGAUAACUUUUUGACGUUACGCCUGGAAAACGCGGAAAAGUUUUUCAGCGAAGACGCGGAGGCGUACGCUCGAACGAAAGCGUGCAAAGCGAACGACGGCGGGAAAUCUAUCGUCCUCUUUGCGAAACGAGGAAGUAAAGGAAAAUUUGUAUUUUGCGGUCGAUUAGAGAGCAACAGUAGCGGUAGUAUUAGUGGUAGUAGCAAUAGCGUGAUAGCGAAUAGUAGCGACGCGUUGGAUUUGACUUUAGUCGACGGAGAUCGCCUGAGUGAAACGCCGAUGUUUUACCAAAUCAUCGGCUGUCAUCUGUAA